CCCGCAACAUGUCGAGCUCACAAUGCCUACGCCGGCUGGCUGGUAGCUCUGGACAGCGCUCUACUGCGCUAUUCCGUCAAACUCCUGCUACUUCCGCUCGACUAUUGCGCUCUUGCGCAACAGCACGAUCACUCUCGAUCAGCGCAUCACCAUCAAGGACGCACGUCGCCCCAACACAUUCCAUCAAAUCGCUCCCCGUUCUUCAGUCGCGCUACUUCAGCGUAUCAAGUCGACAACAUGAGGAGCAAGUUGUCAAGGUACCAGAAAUGGCAGAGUCGAUUAGUGAGGGUACCUUGAAGCAAUUCUCGAAAAAGGUUGGCGAUUAUGUCGAGCUAGACGAGGAGAUUGCAACCAUCGAGACCGACAAGAUUGACGUGUCAGUCAAUGCGCCAGCUGCUGGAACCAUCAAGGAGUUCUUGGCGAACGAGGAGGAUACCGUGACCGUCGGUCAGGAUCUAGUCAGGAUUGAGCUUGGAGGCGAGCCAUCAGCAAAGUCGGAGCCGAAGGAGGAAAAGAAGGAAGAGAAGAAGGAGGAACCAAAACCUGAGCCUAAGAAGGAGGAGUCGAAGCCAGAACCUAAGAAGGAGGAGCCCAAGCCAGAGCCUAAGAAGGAAUCGAAGCCUGCUCCAUCAAAGUCGGAACCAAAGAAGGUCGAGGCCAAGCAGAAGGAGUCAGAAUCAUCGUCGAAAGACCAGGGACCAUAUGGUAACAGGGAGGAGCGCAGAGUGAAGAUGAACCGUAUGCGUCUGAGGAUAGCAGAGCGCCUGAAGCAAUCCCAGAACACUGCAGCUUCCCUCACCACAUUCAACGAGGUCGACAUGUCUGCCUUGAUGGAAAUGCGCAAGCUGUACAAGGAUGAGAUUCUCAAGAAGACCGGCAUCAAGUUUGGUUUCAUGAGUGCCUUUACCCGUGCCUCAAUUCUGGCCAUGCGCGACAUUCCCGCUGUGAACGCCAGCAUCGAAGGACCAGGCAGCGGCGACACCAUCGUCUACAGAGAUUACGUAGACGUCAGCGUGGCUGUUGCCACUGAGAAGGGUCUUGUGACUCCCGUCGUCCGCAACGCUGAGGCGCUUGACCUCAUUGGUAUUGAGUCUGGCAUCGCUGAGCUUGGAAAGAAGGCUCGUGAUAACAAGCUCACCAUCGAGGACAUGGCUGGUGGUACCUUCACCAUCAGCAACGGCGGCGUUUUCGGUUCCCUUAUGGGUACACCCAUCAUCAACUUGCCCCAAACCGCCGUCCUCGGUCUGCACGCCAUCAAGGAGAAGCCUGUUGCGAUCAACGGCAAGGUUGAGAUCCGCCCCAUGAUGUACCUCGCAUUGACCUACGACCACCGACUUCUGGAUGGCCGAGAGGCCGUCACUUUCUUGGUCAAGAUCAAGGAAUACAUUGAGGACCCGCGCCGCAUGCUCCUCCUCUAGACUUACCUUGGGUUGAUUUCUUGAUUCUACUGGGCCGGAUCCUUUCUCGAAACAUCGAAAGUUCUUACAACGUGGCUUUUCCGCGGCGUUGUCAUCUGUUCAUUUUCUAUGGCGUCGG